AUGGUGGACGGUCCGUCUGAGGACUCUGAGAGCUUGAGGCUGCUGACGCCGUCACCGUACAGCCCGCCGACCGCCCCCACCGUGGUCACAGAUACAGCGUCUGUGGUGCUGUCGCUGGACUCGGAGCUGGACCUCCAGCAGCAGAUGAUCGACCAGAUGAACUAUCUCCAGGAACCAGAAACAACGCCCCACGGCCGCCAUCUGGGCGUGUUCGCCAUGGUGAUGAUGAUCCUCCAGCGUAUCAUCGGGUCGGGCAUCUUCGCUGUGCCCGCAUUGAUCUAUAGAGACCUUGGAGGCUCGCCCGCACUGUUCUUUGCAGUCUGGCUGAUAGCAGGAUAUGUCAGUUUUGCCGGGCUGUUCUGUUUCCUGGAGCUUGGGAAGAUCAUCCCGCGCAGCGGCGGAAUGAAGGUGUUCCUCGAAUACAUCUACUACAAGCCGCGGAUGCUCAUGAGCGUGCUGUACAACACGUACUCGAUCGCGUUCGGCUUCACCAUCACCAACGCCAUCAUUUUCGGCGAGUACACGCUCUACUCGCUCGGCUGGGACGACGUCAACGGCAUGGCCCCCAAGUACAUCGGCUGUGUGUACGUGGUGCUGUGCUGCGUUGUUGUUGGCGUCUCCACGAACGCUGGUGUACGGGUGUCCAAUAUCACAGGAGCACUCAAGCUGGUGCUGCUGGCCAUCAUGUCGCUGACGGGCGUUUACGUGCUGGUUCUGCCCACGAGCGUCACCGGCGUGACCAGCAACCUGCACUGGCACGACUUCUUCAAGCAGAAACGCGAGAUCACGCUGGCCUCGUUCAUCUCGGCCAUUCUCAAGGCCACCUUCUCGUUUGGCGGCUGGCACACCGCGCACAUCGUCACAAACGAGAUCAAGGACCCGGUCAGGACGCUCGCCAUAGCCGGCCCGCUCGCCCUGCUCAUCGUCAACGUGUCGUACUUCUUUCUCAACCUCAGCUACCUGAUUGUGAUCCCGGACUCGGAGCUUGCUUCUUCCGGCGAGAUGGUGGGAAGUUUGCUAUACGAGAAGCUAUUUGGCUACACCAUUGGCCGCCAGUGCCUCACAAUGACCGUGGCCGUCUCCUCGGCAGGCAACAUCUUCACCGUGAUGUUCCACCUCUCGCGGAUGAACCAGGAGAUCUUCCGUGAAGGGUUUCUGCCGUUCAGUCGGUUCUUUGCUUCCAACUGGCCGUUUGGCGCUCCACUACGUGCUCUCGUGUUCCCGCUCGUGAUCUCAUGCUUCUUCCUGCUCAUCCCUACACCAGACAACGUGUACGACUACAUCAUCAACCUCGAAAGCUACCCGUUGGAGCUGUUUUUGGGGCUCACCGUGGCCGGCAUCUUUGUGCUCAAACGCCGCAUCCCAGACUACCAGUACCCGAAUAGACUGCUGGUGGUGCACGCGGUGGUCACCCUCGCGCUGGCCGUGUUUCUGGUCGUGGCGCCGCUCAACCCGUUCAAGCCGUCAGAGUUUGUCGGGUUCCCCAACUACGCAUACACCGCAGUCAGCAUCCUGCUGCUCUGCGUGCUCUACUGGGCCUACACCUUCGUUUGGGCGCCGCAUUGGGGCCACUACACGCUGUACCCGGUCCAGGACACCCUCAGCGACGGGCUCGUGGUCAAAAGAUGGGAAAAAAAGCUGGAGUAA